AUGUCCAGUGAGACCAUGAGCGCCGCCACCACCGACCCCUCGUCUGCUCCCAUUGGUCCACCAGUGGCCAAGUCGUCUACAGUGUCGCAAGUGAAGAACAAGAAGGUGAAAGGCGGCGCUGCUGCUAGUGUUGCUGCAACUCAAGCGGACGAGGACGACAUGAGCACCUUUAGCAGCGACCAUCCGUACUUAAGCGUGCUGUACAAGCGCAUGCGGUCGCACCGCAAGAAGCUCGAGAAGAUCAGGGCUUUGGAACACGCUCGCGAGAGCGAAGGCAAGGUCCUGAACGCGCAGCAAGUGGCGCUCAUGAGCAACAAGGGGACGUUGACGAAGCUCGUGGCGGAGCUCGAGAUGCUGCGGGAGCAGUUUGUCGCGGUGUUCAAGCAAGAGACGCAGCAAUUGGAGCAACAGAAGGAGGCGGGGACUCUGCCUAUGAUACUGACUACGGAGGCAGUUGAACAGGUGGAUGCCACACAAGAGUGUCAUGAGGUUAAGGAGUCAACGGACGGACGGGAAGAUCUGGAAACGCAAGAGGUUCCAGUCGUCCAAGACGUGGUGGACACUGAGACAGUUGCACCGGUAGUGGUGGCGGUGGACCAGGACACUGUGGAUCGGGAUGACUUUGGCCAUGUGUACGAGCUGCUUAAGACGCUGCAUGUAGUGAAUCUCCAUCAAGCCAUUGGUAAAGAUGUACCCAUGGUGCUGGACUUUUUUUCCAAGGUGGUGCUGGGGAACACGCGUCCUCCUGCUGAGUUGUCGUAUGAGGAGAAUUUGCUCGAGUCACUGGAGGAAGCCAAGAAGUACUUGAUGGAGAGCGACAAGGUGUUUGCCUGUGAGACGACGUAUCGUGAUCUACGCGCGUUUGUGGACCAGUUGGUGACUAGUUCGUCCCAAGCAUCGAGUGGGAAAGGAGUGGCUGAGCCGGUGGUUGAAGGCGAGGACUUUGCUGCUGUAGUUGACGAGACCACGGACGUUCCUGUUGUGCCUGCUGAGAUUAACACGAUGCCGCAGAUUAGUUUCUUCACCGAGUCGCAGCUCGAAUUGGAGCUUGCGAACGAAGCUGAUGCAGCAACUGCAGUGGCUGCAGUGCAGGCAGAGACUGCGGGAGUCGUGGCUGCUGAGCUGGAGUACGAACGCGGUGCGGAAGUUUGUGAUCAACAUGGAGUGCGAACCAACGUUGCAGCGCAGACUGCAUCAUUCCCCGAGCCGAUUCCUGUUCCGCCUUUCUCGUUUGUAGCAGUUGCCACUGCUGCUGGAGUGUCCGAUACGCGUGUACCGUCUCCAGCUGCUUCAGCCGGCUCAUCCGACAACGACAAGAAGGAGGUCGUACCUGGAACGACCAGUUUGCAAGGCAAGAACCCCCCUCGUCGUCGCGGUCAGGAACGCUGGAAAGAGAAGGAUAGUAAUAGCAAUCGAGGUGGCACCAAGUCGGGCAAUGGGUCGCCCACGAACGGAAGCAAGCCACGUCGUUCUCGUGGACCGCGUACGAACGACGAGACUGGUGUUGCCCAAGGAGGCAAACGCAGCACAUCGAAAGAAGACGGACGCCCCCGUGUUUUCCGUGGUUUGCGAAAGCAGAACGGCUCGCCUCAGGAGCAGCACACGGGCUCCUUGAUUGCCCCACACGCAUGA